UAGUAAUUACAUAUAACAAUAAAUACAAUUUUCUAUACUUUUUCACGUUUGAUGUAUGCGGUCCUUGCAAUAUGGAAUAAGUCAAUUAUCAAUUUGUUGCCGUUGUCUCGACGUAUAUCAUUAGUUAAUGAUUUAGCCAUUAGAAAUCUUCUUUUAUACUACACUCUAUAUCAAACAAGAACGCAUCGACCGGCAAACGAAAACAGAUCAAAAAUCCCGCACAUUCAUCACGCUCCAGACGGUUUCAGCCGCCAUCGGUCUCGCUAAUUAUCUGUAUACGUAGUGAAGUGAAUGAUGCGGUAGAAAAUGCGUAGAUAUUUGAAUAGUUUUGCUCCAUAGCUUAAAAUACGACAUCAUUUUUGCAGUAAACAUAAUGCCGUUAACAAGGAGUAACAAAAUUAUGGAGCACGUUAACUUCAGAGUGCGUGUUAUCUUACAAGAUUCAAGAAUGUUUAUCGGCAUACUUAAAGCUUUCGAUAAAUUUAUGAAUUUGAUUUUGGCCGAUUGCGAAGAAUUUCGGAUUCUAGAGUCUGUUAGACCAAUCGAAGAAAGUCGUACGCUUGGUUUCAUUAUUUUACGGGGGCAUAAUGUAGUAUCUAUAACUGUUGAAGGGCCUCCUCCUCUCGAAAAUGAGGUUCCUAAAGUACCAGUCACAAGUAAAUUUGGUUCUGGAGCAAAACUUUUUGCCGAAAAAGGAAUGCCUUUAACAACUACGAUGUCCGUGUCAAAUCCACCGACUGCUUUUAUGGAUAUGAACGAUGGUCAAUUAUUAGCAACAAACUUUCCCUCCCCUAUGAUACCUCCUUUACCACCAACCAUAGGAAAUAUGCAGCCACCAAUGUGUGGUAUAGGUCGAGAUGGGCUACCACCAACGUCUACUAUGGGUAUAGGUGGAUUAGUAAUAAAGUCUGGCGGAAGUCAAAAUGAAGAGGCACCAAUGUCUGGUGUGACUCAAGGUAGACCACCAAUAAGGCCUCGUUUACUACCAACCAUAAGAGAUGAACAGCCACCAAUGCCUGGUAUAAGUCAAGAUGGACAGCCACCAAUGCUUACUAUGGGUAAAUGUAAAUCACCAACAAAGCCAGUUAUAGGUCAAAAUGGACAGUCCUCAAUGUCUGGUGUGGCUCAAGGUGGACCACCACCAAUGCCUGAAAUUGGUCUAAUGGGACCGCCUUUAUUAAUUCCACCCUUGUCAAAAAGUAACAAACGCCGUUUUUUACGUAAAUAAAAGGCUACAAGGAUGGUCAAAAAGUUGAGCAAUAUAAAUUUUUACUUUAUUUUAUUUAAAGUUUUCAUAAAAU